GACAUACUGAAAAAACUCGCUAAACUCGUUUGGAUAAGUCACGAGUUAGUUUACUGUUUGAUACUUCAUCACGUAAGCUCAGUCUGCGUGACUUUGCAGCUUUUGGUUAACCUGGAAAUCAUCUUGUUGUCAUGGCGAUAAGACUUUGUGGUGUUUUUAUACUGGUUGCAGCUUCUAUUCACGAAUGUGAUGGGGUCCUGCGCUUCGCUUCCUACUAUAAAGACCACAUGGUGCUGCAGAAGUCUCCAGAGAGAGCUGUAGUUUGGGGCUAUGGAUCCGAGGGGGCACAGGUGAAAUUCACCUUGUCAGGACAACACCAACAGAAAAUCUCGCAGGCCACAGUGACAAACGGUACCUGGCGGGUCACUCUAGACCCUGUUGAAGCUGGAGGUCCCUACAAUGUGACAGCAGCCGUGCAGAACAUCACAGCUGUUCUGACAGACGUGCUGUUUGGAGACGUUUGGCUGUGCGGAGGGCAGAGCAACAUGUUGUUUGAAGUAUCUGGAGUAUUUAAAAUUUUCAAUGCAUCAGAGGAGCUGAAGCGUGCAGCACAUUAUCCUCAUGUGAGGACUUUUAUGGCAUCCCAGAAAAAGAGUGAAACUGAGCAAACUGAUUUGAUUGACAUCCAAAUUCCCUGGUCUGUGCAGCCAGCAAAUCUGGCAGGAUUCUCUGCAGUGUGCUGGCUCUUUGGGCGUAAUUUGUAUGAUAAGCUGCAGUACCCCAUAGGACUGGUGGAGUCCUGUUGGGCGACCACACCUAUCGAAGCCUGGUCCUCUGCAAGAGCACUACAGCAGUGUGGACUGCUACAUGAGUCAAAAAGCAGAAAACGUUAUCUCACACCUAAAGAUAAUUCAGUCUUGUGGAAUGCAAUGAUCCACCCGCUGCUCAACAUGACCAUCAAAGGAGCCAUCUGGUACCAAGGGGAGUCAAAUUAUAUCUAUCAUCAAAAGAAGUACAGCUGUUCCUUCCCUGCUAUGAUUGAUGACUGGAGGAUGGCAUUUCAUCAGGGCUCAGGCGGGCAGACAGCUCCCGAUUUCCCUUUUGGAUUUGUCCAGCUGAGUACCUGGAAAAAGAAUUCCAAAAGUGACGCCUAUCCGAAUAUCCGCUGGCACCAGACAGCAGAUACCGGCUUUGUCCCAAAUUCCCGGAUGCAGAACACUUUCAUGGCUGUGGCUAUGGAUUUACCAGAUGAAACAUCUCCCUAUUACCCGAUCCAUCCCCGAGACAAGCAGGACGUAGCCUUCAGACUGUCAUUGGGAGCAAGGGCAGUGGCGUAUGGUGAGCAGGACGUGGCCUUUCGUGGACCUUUCCCAAGCCAAAUCCUGUCCACUCCAAAGUAUCUCGAGGUUACCUACGACCAAGAAGUCUCUGUCACUCCGUCUGAAAACAUCUUUGAGAUCUGCUGCUCAGAGAGUGAGUCUCCAUGGGAUCUUCAGGCUCAUUGGGUUCUAGCUCCCAUCAUGCAGUGGGGUCCGACCACUGUCCAGUUAUCUACCAGCUUGUGUUCUCCCACUGAACAAGUAGCUGCUCUGCGGUAUGCAUGGAGAGACUGGCCCUGUGACUUUAAAGCCUGUCCAAUCUACAGCGCCAGUAAGAUUUUACCUGCUCCGCCUUUUAUUUCCACCAACCUCCAGCCAAAGGAUGAUGGAAUGUAAGGAGGAGCUGUCAACAAAAUGUACCAGGUGAUUGUAACUAAGUCAAACUCAGCUAAUGUUGUUUUCACCUAUUUAAAGGGAAUGAAAGAAAGAUGUUUUCAUUUGUACUUAAUGGUCAUUUUGUUUUGAUUGUUUUCCUUGUUUGGAUUGAUGUAACACUAGACAAUAAAUAUGGGUAGGAAGUAGCUAAUAAUUGUCUGUUGUCUACAUAUAUAAAGGCAGUGAAAGCAUUUAGAGGAAAUAAGUUGCUGUACUUGAUUGUCAGUUUCUUUAGAUUUUUCGGAUUCUUGUUUGGAUUGAUAAGACAUUAGAUAUUUCAUUUGGGUGGGUAUGAGUGAAUUGAUUAUUCUCAGAGAGGGCAGUAUUUACUCCGUAUCAGAAUAGAGAUUAAAACCAUUACACUAAUGAUGCUAUGCAAUGAUUUAGUUGGAAAGUUUUAAAGUUCUGUCAUUCUGGUGGGACACAUUUUAUUUGAACAAAAGAAUGUUCCACAAAUAAAUGUCAAAUCAACAACUUA